CGCAUAUUCAUCACUGUUACCAUGCUUGAACACUGCUCAGUGAGCACAAACUAACGAUGUACCCAGCUUUAGUGGAGGCAGCACCGCCAGAACAUAGGCAUCUGCAUCUCAUACUCGUGCCCGACCACGGAGAUUUCUUGAUAACUUGCAGCAGAGGCGUGCCGGAAAAAAAAAUAGAGCAAUGCACAUAUAUUGCGUAUAUCCAUUCUCGGAUGCUGUGGCUGAGAAUGGGUGCCAAUAUUGAAAGAAAGGGAACUGUCAAAGCAUGUUGCUUUUCAUCGAUCCUGGAGAAUGCAGGUCCGAAUCGCUGCAGGAGGAAUCUGCAGCGUCCUCGCUGGGGCCCACGGCCAAUGUACCAUCCGUGCUGCGCGCAUCUUUCCAUGAAACUGUGGCGGCUAUGUCAGACUGACAAGUAUCCGUCAAACUCCAGUAAACAUUCCAUACGGAAACAUCAUCGACCACAACACUUGUCUCCCUCCUGCAACCUAGUUCUUGGUCCUUUUUGUUCAAUCUGUCAUUUAGGAGGCCGAGACUGAAGGUGAUAUGACGAUGAUGACGUUUUGAAGAGUCACAGACUCUGCUCUUGCUUGGGAUCAGGAACAAUAACUUCCUUUUCCCUCCUCUCACCCCAUCCCGAGCCUUUGUGCCGAAAGGAGUCUACGGAACAACUUUAUUGGAAUCUCAUUGCUGCUGCUUCGGCCAAGGGUAUGCUAUACCUGC